AGGAUUUGCAUAUGGACAACUCAGCUGAAGGUUCCGGCUUGGAGCAAGGUUCUGGCGUUGACAAUGUAGCUGGAGGACAAGCUGAUCCAGGUUCAGGGGAAACACGCCGGCAGCGCGCAUCCAUAAACAGGAAGAAGAAAGAAUUUAAUGACAUCAAUGUUGUGUUGAACAUGGGCAUGCCAACUCAAACAUGUGGAUCCUGCCUGGCCCAAGUAUGGGCCGAAGAAUUCACUGGUAGACAUGUAGGUGCCGGGGCCAGGUCGUAUUCAAUUUGUUGUGGUAAAGGCAAGGUGCAACUCCCACUUUUACGUGUGCCACCAUCAGAACUGACCUAGCUGCUCACGGGAGAUGGUAUGGAGGCAAAAAUGUAUUAUCAAAAAAGCCGGGUCUAUAACACCAUGUUUGCAUUCUGUUCAUUUGGCGGAAAGGUGGAUGAAUCAGUCAACAAAGGCAGAGGACCAUAUGUCUUUCGGGUGACUGGACAAGUGUGUCACAACAUUGGAUCUUUGGUUCCACCGGAGAGACAAACCCCAAAAUUCGCACAGUUAUAUAUGUAUGAUGGGUAUGAGGCAAAUGAGCAUCGGAUUAAUUACGCGGGAAGAAAGGAGGAGGUUGAUAGAUUGAUUGUUACUACACUCGAUAGCAUGCUCACUAGCAACAAUGUAUUGGUUGGAAUCUUCCGCCAAAUACGACAGCAGUUUGCUGGUAUGGAAGUUCUUCCUGUACGCUUGAAGUUGUUCGAGAGGCGCAGAACUGAUGGCCGUUUAUAUAAUAGUCAGUCUCAGGAUGAUUAUGAAAUCGAGAAUAUUGAUGCUGUAAAUCCAUUUGAAUUCGCUGCUCUUGCUGUUGAUAACGACUUUGCAAAUAAGAGGGACAUAGUUAUUCACAGUAAGGCGUUUGGAUUGCAGCAUAUAAGUGAGUUACAUCCCUGUUAUAUGUCGUUGCAGUAUCCUCUUCUAUUCCCGUUUGGUGAGGAUGGUUAUCGAACUGGUAUAAAACACCGUAAUGUAGACAUCUCUGAUAACCGGAGGAACAACACUGUUAGUAUGCGUGAGUAUUAUGCUUUUAGAACACAUUUCCGAGUGGAUGAGGGACAUGCAUUGAUACUUGGUGGAAGAUUGUAUCUGCAAUUUCUGGUUGAUGCUUGGUGCUCAGUGGAACGCAGUAGAUUGUUGUGGGUGCAGAGGAAUCAAUCUUUGAUUAGAUCAGAUCUUUAUAACAAUGUAGUUGACAGCUUCAGGCGUGGCGACACAAUUGCUACUGAUGUAGGAAAAAGAGUGAUAUUGCCGUCAAGCUUCACCGGAGGGUACAGAUACAUGCAGCAGAACUUUCAGGAUUCAUUGGCCAUUUGCAAAGAAUAUGGUCACCCUGAUCUAUUCAUCACGUUCACAUGUAAUCCUAAAUGGGAAGAAAUUGAAGCUGCAGUUCAACUGUCUUCAUCGCAUGACGCCUCUGUGCGCCCUGAUGUUAGUGCCCGCGUUUUCAAAAUGAAACUCGAUGCCAUGAUGGCUGAUUUCACCAAACAUCAUGUCAUGGGACGUGUCCUUGCAGGUAACUAUAAUCCUUAA